CGGUUAAGAAGUCACUUAAUAAAAAUAAGUAAAGCGCGUCCAAUAUUACUCGAGAGAAUUUGAUCGCUUUUAAUUUUUUACAAAUAUUGUAAUAUUUUUAUUAAAUUAUUUAUUAUAUUAAGUUUACCAUUUAUUCGACAAAGUUUUGACGGAUUUUUAAAUUAUAUUGUUAUUAUAAACAUAAAAUAUGAGCAACUUUAUACCAGCGUUUUUUCGUAGGCGAUCUUCAUCGCAUAAUAGUACAACAAAUCGCCCAACCUAUAGACAAUGGCCUUCAGCAAUGUAUUCCACAUCGGAAGCUAUUAUUGAUGUGAAAAAUGUUGAUCUUUGUUUAGAAGAAAAUGCUAAAGAACAUCAUACAGAUCGUUUUGAUGCUGCUCAAUCAUAUUUAGUUGUAAGACGUGGUCAACCAUUCACAUUAAAAAUAACAUUAAAUAGACCGUUUGAUAAGCGAAAGGAUGCUAUCAGUUUUAUAUUUACUGUAUUUGAUGAUGAUAAACCAAGUCAUGGGCAUGGUACAUUAGUUGGAUUAGUUCCACAAGAUCAUGUUAACUAUUUAGGAGAUCCUUAUGAAUGGGGUGCAGGAGUUCUCUCCUUGAAUGGAGACGUUAUGACAGUGUUAAUAAAACCAGCUGUAACUUGCCCGGUAACUCAAUGGAAAAUGGAUGUUGAUACAAAAUUAAUUGAUGGACCAUCAAAAAGUUAUACAUUAACUCAACCAAUUUAUAUUCUUUUUAAUGCAUGGUGUAAAGAUGAUCAAGUAUAUAUAGAGGAUUAUGAUGAAAGAAAAGAAUAUCUUUUAAGUGAUACAACAUUAAUAUGGCGCGGUUCAUAUAAUAGAAUGAGACCGUCUGUUUGGAAAUUAGGACAAUUUGAAAAGCAUGUUUUAGAUUGUUCACUGCUAUUGAUUGCAGAUGUUGGAAGAGUUGGUGCCGCAUAUAGAGGUGAUCCGGUUCGUACUACAAGAGCCCUUUCAGCAGCAAUAAAUUCACCAGAUGAUGAUGGCUGUAUAUUGGGAAGUUGGGAAGAAACUUUCCCAGAUGGUAUUGCACCUACAAAAUGGAUUGGUUCAGUUGAAAUAUUGCAACGAUAUUAUAAAAAACGGAAGCCAGUUAAAUAUGGACAGUGUUGGGUAUUUUCGGGAGUAUUGACUACUGUUGCAAGAGCUUUGGGUAUACCUUCACGAAUAGUUACAAAUUAUUCAUCAGCGCAUGAUACGCAAGCAUCUUUAACUGUGGAUUAUUUUAUUGACGAACAUGGUAAAAUUAUGGAAGAACUUAAUACAGAUUCAAUAUGGAAUUAUCAUGUUUGGAAUGAAGUAUGGAUGGCGAGACCAGAUUUAGGCGUUGGAAACCAUGGUUCAUAUGAUGGCUGGCAAGCUGUUGAUGCAACACCUCAAGAACAAUCUGAUGGAAUGUACAGAGUUGGACCAGCACCAGUUAGUGGUGUUAAAUAUGGAGAAAUAUUACGUCCAUACGAUUCGAAUUUCUUGUACUCAGAAGUUAAUGCUGAUAAAGUUUUUUGGCGUUAUCAUGGUCCUUAUCAACCAAUGAAAUUAUUAAGAAUAGAUACUUUAGCUAUAGGACAACUUAUAAGCACGAAGAAAAUUGGUAAAUGGGAACGUGAAGAUAUAACACACACUUAUAAAUUUCCAGAAAAAUCAGAUGAAGAACGUAAUACAAUGUUAAAAGCUCUUCGACAAGCUAGAAGUGCUUUUGCGCGCUACUACUUGAAUGAAAAUUUCUAUGACGUUAAAUUUGACUUCGAGCUGCGAGAUGAUAUUAAAAUUGGUGAAAAUUUUAGUGUAGUUCUUAAAAUUGAAAAUAAAUCAACUGAAAAACCUUAUACUGCUUAUGGACAAUUAAAUGUCGACACUAUUCUUUACACUGGUACACAUCGAGAAGAAGUAAAAUCUUUAGAAUAUGACAUUGAAGUUAAACCAGAAUCAUCAGAAUAUGUUAAAAUGCAAGUUGAUUACUUUGAUUAUGUCCCAAAAAUGUUACCACAAGGUGCCUUUAAUAUUUCCUGUUUAGCUUCAGUCAAAGAUACAGAAUUUGAAUAUUUUGCGCAAGACGAUUUUCGUGUGAGAAAACCAGAUAUUAAAAUAACAUUCCAAGGGAAAAUAAUAUCACAAGAACCAGUAGAUGUAAUCGUUCGUUUGACAAAUCCUCUCCCAAUUCCUAUAAGAAAAGGUUUAUUCCAUGUUGAAGGACCUGGUAUUGAAAAAGCUUUAUUAUUUAAGAUUGCAGAAAUUCCAGUUGGAGGAACUGGUGCAGCAACAUUUAAAUUUACUCCACCCUAUGCUGGCAGAGGUACUUUAGUGGCAAAAUUUGAUUCAAAAGAUUUGGAUGAUGUUGAUGGAUUUUUGGCGUUUGAAGUUGAACCCAGACCAGGUGAUGUUUUAACAAAUGGUGCUACUUUUACGAAUGAAAUUGUUAUACGAACUGAUGUUAUAGAAUAAAUAAAAAAAAGUAACAUAAGUUAAAAGUUCGUGUAUUUAAAAAAAAUUACUUACUAUAAUUAAGAUUGCCAUUUUCUUUAGUAUUUUUUAAAACUGAAAACAUACUGUAUGUACUGCAUAAAAAUUUUUAAUUUCGAUUACGUAUAUAACAUGUAUGGAUGUAUGUAUGUAGCUGUUAAGUAUAUUUUAGUAUGAGUAAACAUUUUAUUGUUAUUUUCGCAUAACCUGCCAAAAAAAAAAACAUAAUGCCAUUAUUAUUAAAUUAAUGUUAAAAUUUUUAUAAAACAUUUUAAUCCGAAUUUAGAAGAAUAAGCUUUCAUAAACA